AUGACAGGUGCGAAUGAUUCAAUGACAAAUAUACGUACGUCGGAAAUAAAAUUACAAGAGGAAAAACGUCGUUUAACAUUAUUACAAGAAUCUCUUUCACGUUCAAAUGCAUUAACAAGUGGUAUGGUUUCUACAUUAGAUAAUUUUGAAAGAAAAUUACAAUCAUUAGAUGAACUUGUUACACCUGUUUAUGAAGCAACAAAUGAAUUACGUUUACUUUUAAAUAAUGUCGAUCAAAGUUUAUCAUUAGUUGAUUCUGUUCUUCAUUAUUAUGAUAUAUGUGGUGAAUUAACACCAACAGUUUCAUCAGGUCCAGGAGGAAAUUUAACAGAUUAUUUAGCUGAAUUAGAUCGUCUUGAAGAUGCAGUUAAAUAUUUUAAACGAGUUACAGCUGUUGCGGAACGUGAACGUGUUACAGAAUUAUAUGAUAUUGGAAGAAAACGACUUGUUGAUGAAACCGAUAAACUUAUUUUAAGAUAUGCUAAUCCAUUAUCACCAAAAGAAGUUAUGGAAUUAUGUGAAUCAGUAACUACAACAAAUAAUAAUGAUAUACAUUCUAUGCAAGAAGCUGAUAUGGCUACAUUAAGAACAAUUAUUGAAUGGUUUAGUUCUCAUGGUUUUCGGCAAGGUCUUAUUGAUUCUUAUGCAACAAAACGAGGUACAAUGAUACGGCGAUCUCUUCAAUUACUUGAAGAACAUUUAAGAAAACAUUCAAUUCGUCGUGGAUCAACAAAUUUACUCACUACAAGUCCUAAUAUGUCUCAUCAUGGAUUAUCAGGUUCAGAUACAUUAAGAAAACAAGGAAGAAAAUUAGGUGAAAUGGGUCGCCGUUUGAUACGUUCACCAGCUGCAAAUACAUUACCUCGUGGUAUGAGUUCUUCAUUAUCAUGUUCUACAACAGGAACUGAUGAUGUUUUAAUGUUUGAAUCAAGUGAUGAUAGUGAAACAAAUAAUUAUAAAUUAUUACUUGAUGCAUUUAUUGCACUUUUACAACGUAAUCGAGAUUUACUUAAUUAUGUUUUUCCGAAAGAAUUACAAUCACUUGUAUUUACAAAAUUAAUUGAAUUACCAUUAGUUUAUAUGCGUGAAGAAGCAUUAGUUUUAUGUGAAUCAAUUCAACGAUUACCACAUAAAUUAGAUACAGGAAAAUUUGCAGUUUAUGGAAUAUUUUCUAUAUUAAAAUGGUUUUUAAAAUCUAGACCAAUAUUUUCAAGACUUUUUCAAGAAAGUGAUGUUGCUCGAAGACAACAAUUUACUACACUUUCUGCAACAUUCGAACAAUCCGCUGUUACUUGUCUUCAUGAAAUUUUAGAUGAAAUUCGAUUAGAUUCAUCGCCACCUAGUCAAGGUGGAAAUGUUCAUCCGUUAACAUCACAUAUAUUAGCAUUUAUGGAAGGAUUACUUGCUUAUGAAGAUACAGCUACUAUCAUUGCUUCGCUCUAUGUUGAACAAGAACAAAAUAUAGAUACCUUCAUUCCAUCCUCAAAUGACAAAGGUCUUUAUGAUUUGGGUACAUAUUUUGCACAAUUGGUACGAUGGCUUCAUACUAAUUUAUCGAAGAAAACUGAUAGUUAUAUGUCACGUCAAGAUCCUACUCUUCGUUCGAUAUUUCUUCUUAAUAAUGUUAAUUAUCUUCUUAAACGUCUUGAAAAUUCACCUAUUUUAACUAUUAUUCAUCGUUGUCAAUCUGAUUUGAAAUCAAAAUAUGAAGAAGAUUUUCAAGCAAGUUUAAAAGAUUAUACAAGAUGUUAUACUCCAUUGAUCAUUGCUAUUCAACAAAUGCUUGAAUAUGAUAAUGGUAAUCGUUUAUCAGAUGGAAAGUUACGUGAUCGUGAUCGUGAACAAUUGAAAGAAAGUUUUUCAUCUAUUAAUACCGCUAUUGAUAAUUUACGACAACAAUGUCAAGAAUAUAUUGUUAGUGAUGUUGAUUUACGUGAUUGUUUACGAAAUGAAGGAAAAAAAUUAAUUAUGGAAAUGUUUAAAACAUAUUAUAAUAAAUUUGCAAAUAAAGAUUUUACAAAACAUAGAGAAAAAUAUAUUCGUUAUGAUCCAGCAAUACUUGAAUUAACUAUUGAUAAUUUUUUUGAACAUCGUUUAUAA